CUUCCCAACACUACAGAUUCUCAGGCAUUUCCAUUCUCGUUCUCGUUCUUGUUCUUUAACCUCACGCUCAGUCUUUCAUUAUUGUUCUAUUGUCAGUCUCUCAUUUACCUUCAGAGGUUCUGAGUAAAGUACCAGGCACUUAUCAAGUAUACCAGUACAUUCACAGAACCUAAUCGACCCUGACACCAGCUGAUAACCGCCACACAUACCAACUCGAGUACAUCAACCAGCUGCCAAGAUGAUCCCUGCUUGUUAAAGUCCCACCCCCUCCUCUUCCUCGGGGCAUGCGUAUGCAUCGGCUGGGCCGUCAUCCUCACGAUUUUAAGAGAAAAAAAAUCACAUGUCAACAGCCCCCAACUACUUUCUCACAAGGAAAUCCCGCCUUCCCUCAAGACAUGUCUAUACCCUCACGCCCUGGCCCAGGCCCAGAGCAAACGUAUAUUUCACCCGGUGUGAAACCCCCAACGACUAUCAAAGAUUACCCGACACUGGAGGUCACCGAGAUAAGCCUAUCGCCGUGUAUGGAUGCCCCUCAUGCUUUGGAGGAUAGCAGCAUCAUCGCCACGCCCAAAAGAAGACGAACCCCGUCGCCAUCGUCUCCUGCAGCAACAACCACAAGUACCAAAACCAUAAGCUCAUCAUCGUCGUCGUCGUCUUCUUCUUCGACAUCCCGUCAUCGCAAGAGCAGUCUCCACAGCCGCCACAGCAGCUCUCAUUACUCGCAGCACCGUCGCACCGCCACCGCGGUCUCCAUCACCCCGAUCACCGACCAAACCACCCGCAGAGAGGAUCUCCUAGCCCUGCAUCGUGAAUCCUGUCGACUAUUUCAGCAGCAGCAGCAACAGCAACAACAGAAACAACAACAAACAACACCCCCUUUGACCCCGCGCAAUUUGCGCUCCUCCAGCACCAGCUCCAACGCGACGACCACCAGCAACACCAACACCCACGCAAGGGGCAGCGGCGGCGGCGGCGGUGGCGGUGAUCAUUCGCCGAUCUCAAUCCACGAAGUGCUCAAGACCCCCGUCCGCGCAUCCACCCUCCCGGUAUGGGACUAUACCGAUGAAGUCACGACGACGACGACGACACCCAAAACAACCGUGACCGUGAUCGACUGGACCUCGCCGUCCACGCGCCGCCGGGAGUACGAGAAGAUCGACAAGGCGAGCAGCGGGAUGCGGGGGUUCUGGCGGCGAGUGGCGCCGAAAUGGUGUCAGUCGCGGGCUCGUCGGAUGCCAUUUUUCGAGGAGAAGGACGGGAAGGGGAAUUACGGGGGGAGUGUGCGACGGUUCCGAAUGGACAUUCCGGAGUGAUUGAUUCCAUCUAGCCUUUAUUUUGUCGAUAUUUUGAUACCCAUAGAUUGUCGAUCGUUACUUUUUGCUUGGUUAAUGCAAAUCUUACAUCACCUGG